GUGGACUGUCACCUCCUUCUCUUCACUGCUGUCCCUGCUGCUGCUGUCGGCUUAGCAAGGAGAUGAGCUUCUUGUUUGGCAAUCGCUCUUCAAAGACAUUCAAGCCAAAAAAGAGUCUUCCCGAGGGCUCCCAUCAGUAUGAACUACUGAAACAUGCAGAGGCCACAUUGGGCAGUGGAAACCUGCGUAUGGCUGUCAUGCUUCCUGAGGGGGAGGACCUCAACGAGUGGGUUGCUGUAAACACUGUGGACUUCUUUAACCAGAUAAACAUGUUGUAUGGAACCAUAACAGAUUUCUGUACUGAGGAGAGCUGUCCAGUAAUGUCCGCUGGCCCAAAGUACGAGUACCACUGGGCAGAUGGAACCAAUAUAAAGAAGCCCAUUAAAUGUUCUGCUCCCAAGUACAUUGAUUACCUGAUGACAUGGGUACAGGACCAGCUUGAUGAUGAAACCCUUUUCCCCUCCAAAAUAGGUGUUCCAUUUCCAAAGAACUUCAUGUCGGUAGCAAAGACUAUCUUGAAGCGCCUCUUCCGAGUCUAUGCUCACAUUUACCAUCAGCACUUUGAUUCAGUGAUCCAGCUCCAAGAGGAGGCUCAUCUGAACACUUCUUUUAAGCACUUUAUUUUCUUUGUUCAGGAAUUCAACUUGAUAGAUAGGCGAGAACAAGCUCCACUGCAAGAAUUAAUCGAAAAGCUGACCUCUAAGGACAGAUAAGAUAGCAGCUGAUUGAGCACCAAAGCCUUUCUUUCAAGCAAGCUUUGUUUUCUGAACCUUGUUGCAUUCAAAGCAGCCAAAAUCUAUUUUUUGUGUGCUUAUACUGAGGGAAUAUGAUGUAGGUAUUUUCUCAUCUUCCUGUGAUUCCAAUUGAUUGUGUGUUCUACAUAAGGUGUUCUUGGAGGGAGGAAGAGGUAUAUUCCAGAUCUUAACCCCUAAACAUACAUUUUCAUUCCUUUCUGCAGUAAAGGAAUCUGAGAAUAUUAUGUGCCUAAAUUAUCCAUUUCCUAUGUAACUGCUCCGCUUCACAGAUGUUUUAUUUUGUUUCAUUAUUUCGUUUUUUUUAAUCAGCAGCUGAUUGUAGGAAGCCCUGUGGCUAAAAAAUUGAUGUCAGGUCCAGGUUUAGCAGGUUCCCUUUUUCCUAUAACUCUAUCUGGGUAAUUAGGACAUAAUGACGAACUUAGGUAGUUUCAGUCAUUUAUGCUGGGGUCUCCAAACACAUAGUCAGGAGGUCAGUUCACAUAAGUGGUAUUAAGACAAAUUUGGAGUUAAAUUGGAGUAAAACUACCUUUUCAUUAGAAAAUCAAACUCUCCUCCACUUGUAAGGUCAAUAAAGUUGGAGUAAAUCAGUUCCAUCAGUGUAGUUCCAUCGUUUGAUGUAAUUAACUGCACCAAAAUGUCAUUAUUAACACCAAAACACUUCAAUAAAUUGGUGCAAGUUGCACUCCAGAUUUGUCUGGAGAAAUUAAGUACUGCAGAUUCACUAAAGUGGCAUUCUAGAACAAUGAUCUAAAGUGUACAAAACCUCUGAGUUUUCAAAAUGUCUUAUUUUUUCCACUAAUAUUUCUUCCAGUGAUUUCAUUUACCCCACUUUUGUAAAGUCCUCCACAGAUCAUUAUCUUUUCAGGCUUAGUGUCCUUGUAAAAGGCUGUGCAUUUUGAGCACAUGAGCAGCUAUGCAAAAGCACACUUACUGAGCACCAGGAGCAUUUACAUUGCACUAGCCAGUUGCCGUGCAUCGUGCAUGAAAAUAGAAAUGACUGUUGUGAAACCCACUUUUUUUUUUAAACGUUUGAAUAUGUAUUUCCUAAACUAUCUAGAGCACUAAAGUAGUCACAGUGCUAGAAUGGGUAACGUCACUAAUCAGGUCUGCUUUUAAGAUUUUGUAUUGCAGAGUCCAUCUCUGGGAGAUAGUUGUGUAUAUGAGGUUUUAUUGUAUAUUGCAGCGAUUUAGGGUUUGUGAAGAUCCACUAAAUUAGCAAUACCUAUGUUUAUACAGAUUGCUACUGUUUUGAAGUGGCAUUGACUAGCAUUGUUGCAGUUUUACAGGGGCAUAUCACUAAACAUACUCAUGCUGGGCUCUGGCAUCUGUCCUUUAUGCCACACACACUGGGGCUUAUUUAUCAACACUGGGCAAAUUUACCUUAUAGCAACCAAUCAGUGAUUAGCUUUUAAGCCAACUGCAAGUAGAACAAUGAAAGCAACAAUUUUAUUGGUUUCCAUGGGCUAGUGCCCAUGGGCAAAUGUGCCCAGUGUUGUUAAAUGAGCCCCGCUGAGUUUGCAGCCAUAAUGCUGCAUACUCCUGGAAUCCCACAUAUGUGAGUAACAAAGGGUUGUGAGCUGCAAGGCUUUGGAUUUGAUAAUAAUAUAUUAAUUAAUAAUAUAUUAAGCAAUAUAUCAAAAUCAUUCAUACUGCCUGGCCAUAUUAACACAAGCAUGAAAACCUUGAAGCAAAAUCCCUUGGAUCAUUAGUAGUAUAAUCCACUCAAAUGGAAUCAAAACCAGUGGCCCAGUUCAACCCAAACAUGCCUUAUAAAAUGUUGACAGUAACUGAGUUUUAUUUUGCAAAUUAUUGUUCUAUGCUGGCCUUGGGGGAGUAAUAUUUAUAUAUACGCCUAAAUUCCUCAUCAGAUGACUGUAAUUAUCUGUAUCACGGUUAUCUACCCUGGUGUAUGUUAAAUUGAAUAUCCUCAUUUUCAUCAGGUUAUAUAAACCUUUUUAACAUUGCCCUUUGAAUGCUACAGCUUAGUGUUUCAUAUAAGGAGCCUGUAUUUCAGUGUUACUAUAAUUGUAAAUAUAUUACUAUUUAAAGGGAUUUAUCAUAGAAAUAACUUACUCAGAGUGUUUUUUUUUAUUUUAAAUGUUUGUUGAUAUUAUCAGGCUUUUAGCUCAACAGCUCCAUGUAAGAUCUGUAGUACUGGUGGUUCGAAGGUUAGUUUACUACAGUUAGAUGCUGUAAAACACUGUCUAGGCUUAGCGCUAUGUUGACAAGCUGAGGAAAGUUAUAUACUAUCAUUGGUCAACAUACCUCCCAACUGUCCCGUUUUCUGCAGGACAGUCCCAAUUGUGACAGCUCAGCCCACAGUCUCAGGUUUCUUACUGAAAUAUCCCGACUUUCUCUUUGAUCUCCUGCUCUGAUGCCAGAAAAAGAUACAAAGUUUCUGUAACUUAAUUAAAAUAAGGCUUUUUGGCAGAGAAACCUUGAACAGUCAGCAGCUGCACUUGGAUACUUUUGUAUCAAUUUAAGAUAAACAAAGAUACAAUUGUAACUAUUUAAGAUAAGCAGGUCUCUUUGGAGAAUUGAGACUAGCAGCUUAAAGGGCAAUUUUCUUUCAUUACCAAAAUCAUUAUAACACAUUAAAAACAUUGCACUAAAACUUCCAGAAAUGUGUUUAAAGUUUCAUAACCUGCCAAAUUUUGUAAAAUUGACGUGUAAUUAGGGGGUGUGGCCAAAAACCGUUGCUGCGUUGUGCACGGCACAGCUUUUUGUCCCUAUUUCAUUUGUUGGGGGGUUUAACUGCUAAACUGCUAGCGGGAGAUUUAGUAAGCUAUGAAGAGCUGGAAGAGAUCAGCUGCUUCCUUACAGUUCCUAAAUCCAAAGGGAAUACAGAGAGCAAUAUGCAGAAAAGUAUCUUAUUGGAGACACCACCUGCAUAUUCAAUUAACCAAUGAACUACUGAGCUGUAAAGAUAGUCUAAGCUGAAAGCUUGAUAUUAGCAGUAGAAUAGCAUGCUGACCUUUUUUUAUUUACUUUAGACCCCUUGUAAUUUGCAUUGUGAAUUUAAAAAUAAUUCAUUUUGGAAUUGUAAUUUUAAAACAAGGAUUCUAAACCUAUGGGUUCACCAUGAACUCCUUGAGUAUAGCCCCUUAGCUAUACUAUGUUUAUACCACAUGUGUUGUUACAUUUAUGCAUGCCAUUUGGCUGCAAUUUAUAAAGCCAUAUUGAAAGUGUAAGGUACAUAAUCCACAAUAAUACAGUCAUUUUUACACAGUUUCUUGGUCCACAGUUUCAGUGGAGGAACAAUUUAAUCAGAAGGCACAAUUAAUAAUCUGCCAAGGGAAAAAUACCACUAUAUUUUACUUUUAAUGCCAGCUAAUUAAUUUGCAACUGAAGGCGAGGCGACACGACUGUCGGACGUCUGCAUGCGACAGUCAUGUCACGUCGGAUCAAUGCUGCAAAUUGAUCCGACAAUGCAUUCACUUACCUUUUCUCUGUCGCAUGCCAUUUGUCGCAGGCGUUUGGUUGCAUCAGAUCGCGUUGAAAACGUUUGUGUAGUCCAACCCUAAAUCAUUUUCUAGUAGAUUUAAGGUAGGAAGAUCUAUUCUCAAGAAAACCCAGGUCCUGAGCAUUCUGGAUAACAGGUCCCAUACCUGUACUCUUACUAAUCUUUUCACUUUUACAUUCUGUAACUUCUGUAACUGAGUGUAACUUUUACAUUUUCUAUUGUGCACCUUAUACUGUAUAUUUCCCUCCUUAUUAAUUGAUUAGCUUGUUUAUAAAGGGCAGUCACUCGAGGGAGGAAAUGGCAAAUGUGGCAGUUACAAGGCAAGCAUACCUCCUUAAUAAGUAAUGUAAAUUGUAAUGGUAAAUAUCCAAAAAAAAGUUUACCGGACAAGUGUUAAAUUGCUAUAACUGAAGAGUAUUGGUGCUAAAAUAAAUCAGGGCUUGUGGCCAACACAUCCAAUUUUAUUCACAGUGAAAAACAGACUUUGCCAUUAAAACCCUUACAUUAUUUAUAUACAGGUAUGGGAUCCAUUAUACAAAAAAAGCCGUUAUCCAGAAUGCUCCGAAUUAUGGAAAGGCUGUCUCCCAUAGACUCCAUUAUAAUAAAAGAAUCCAAAUUUUUAAAAAUGAUUUCAUUUUUCUCUGUAAUAAUAAAACAAUACUAUGUACGUGAUCCAAACUAAGAUAUAAUUAAUCAUUAUUGGAAACAAAACCAGCCUAUUGGGUUUAUUUAAUGAUUUUCUAGUAUAGAUAACGUAUGAAGGUCCAAAUCAUGGAAAGAUCCAUUAUCCGGAAAACCGUCAUUCUGGAUAACAGGUCCCAUAGCUGUAUUAUACUGGCACAACUUUAAAGUGAUUUGCAGUAUAGCAGUUGUACCUUGUGCUUAAGUGUCAAGCACUUAGAAUGAUGUUGCAAACACAGAUAGAUUGGUAAUGUGCUUGUAACACGUGCACAGUAAUAAUGUACAUAUCACAGAACCCAUAAGCCCAUUGCAGCGAACCUUGUGCAGAUCUGUCCAACCUGGUUCAGAAGAAUUGCAUUUACAAACCACUAUAAAACGGACAACAACAAGGAAACUAUGAAAAAAGCUUCUGUAUUGUAGGGUCUCUUGAUAGUACAAUGGUUACUCACCACAUCAAUGAAGUGGCCCAGGUGCACCGCCCUGAGCCCUCAGCACAAGGGGCGGAUAAACCGAAAAAUCAAUAUGGAGCAGGCACUCAAAGGCAAAACUUCCACCAGGCAAAUGUUCAAAUGUGAAGAAGUUUAUUGUGUCAACCAGCCUGACGCGUUUCGUGUUCCAAACACUUAAUCAUAGGCUAAACUCCUAGAGCCAUGCCUCAAAUAUUUAUACAUAAAUGGUCCAAUCAAAUAAACACCCCAAUUACCAGUCCACCCAUUCCCACAGAACUUUACCCAGGUGCAUCCAAUGAAACUCCAACCUAGUUAAAUUGGAUAAAGGUCAAACCAGGGGUCAAAAGGAGAAGGUCAUCAGUAACCAUAUUUGUACACCCUUAGCUGUGUGGAGUGACAUAUUGAUGCACCCGAGAAAAGUUUAAAUCACUAGUGUUUAUAAAUACACAGUACAAAAUACAUAAAAAAACAGGAAACUAUACCCAACUCCCACAACUCAUGUUUCUUUGUUGGAGAUGGCUUUACACAGACAAUGUAGGCUGAUUGGUCCAAUCAACCCAUGGCAAUGAUUAGCAGUCCAGUACAGAGAGUUUCGCUGCUCAGGUAGUGUGCAUCUUACAAAUGUUCUGUACAAAAGCACCUAUGCAUCCUAUAUCUCACCACCUUAAACUAUACUACCACUAUAUUAAACAAAACAAUUCUGCUACAAGGUAGUGUAAUGCCACUAUUUCACCUACACUUUUUGUACUUUUUUUCCUAUUGAACCACCAUAUUGACAGGUUGACUUCUAGUACUUCUAUAGAAGUACUUGACUACUAGUUCUAGUACUUCUAGUUUGCAUAACUGGAUAUUGUACCAUAGUGUAUGUGCCACAGGGAAUGUGUGAGUAAGUUGUACCACAAUGAAACAAAGUAUUAUUACCCACUGAGUAAUAGAGCUUGUUUGUCUGCUCUCCUCUGAAGAGUAACAAAAAGGGCCUGCUUUCUUUAGCCUUAUCACCGCAUUACCCAUUUAUCCCUUCCAAAAUACGUUAUGUUGCAAUAUAUUAGAUGCUUCACUUAUUUUAUUUGUUUGUGUAUAGUGGAUUUUAGCAAAUUUAUGCCAAGCCCUGGUCACUAUAAUUCAUAGCAACGUGACAUAACAGAUCAACAGUUUUGUGAGGUAUGAUGGUCAAAACAACAAGAAAAAGGCUGGUUUUUCGAAUAGAUUUGUACAAUGGAUUUUCAUUUCUUAUAAAUGGAUAUACAUGAAAUACAUGCCAUCUAUUACUGAUUAAACACAGUUCUACCAAAAGUUGUAAACAAUGUAAUGGAAAGUACCAAGUGUAGAGGCUUUUACGCUAAGGAUGAAAUUAUUGUACCCAAACUGGCAGUUCAUGCAGAAAUGUAGGCGUCUAUGCAUCACUUAAUUUCUGAAAAAGUUUGUGUUCCUGAGACAAGGCCAAAAGAAUUUAUUACUUUACAAUAAAAUAAAUAUGAUAUGAAUAAUCUCAUGCAAAGAUGCAGAUUGGCUAAACUAAAUUGCUUAUUGGAUAAGUGAUAGCAUAGGUUGGUUUAUAGCGUUUAUGCAUUCACCCUAGAAACAUUCACAUUUAUUUGGAUUUAUCCUAAAUAUGUUUUAUAAAAGAAAGCAAAACUCAGGUCACAGAUUAAUAAUAGUAACAAUCGUGUUUCUCUCUAGAAUGCUUGGGCCACAAUUUGCAUUUGCAUAUUCCCAUAAUCCCUGACUAGAGAGUAUAAUAAUCCCUGGACGAGAUUAACAUCCAAGUCUCCGUACCACCCAGUAGUUUUAAUACUUUAUCGGGCCUUCUGUAGAACUACCGUAUUUUUGCCAUAAAGAGACCAUUUUGGCUGCUUUUAAUUAUCAAUAAAUGAAAGAAAUGCAAAUACAUUUUUGGAUUCACAGAUCAGCAAAGACUCUGGAUUAUUUACUAAAACUAAAUUUUUUCUCAUAAUUUCAAUCAAACUAUUUUGACUAAACUCCCGUCCACGAUUUUACCUUAUUUAUUAAUAAAAUAACUGUAAAAAUUCAGUUGAGGAAAAGUCUUGAUAAAAUCUAGCAAAAACUCAAAUUGUGUGAAUGUCUUGAUUUUGAUUCCUGAAUCGCUCAAUUUUUUUCGAGUUGUUGCCCAAAACCACUGAAUUGUUCAGAUUAUCAUACAGAACCCAGAACAGACCACAAUAUCUUCAAACUGGAAAAGGGACAUCUGCCGUUGACUUCUAUAGGAUCUCGACAGGUUUGAGAUGAAGUAUUUUCAGAUUCUGACUUUUAGUAGCCUAAGUGUAUAAUAAAUCAAUCAAGUUUUCCCCUUUAAAAGUUGACCAGAAAAAUUCAAGCUUUAAUAAAUAACCCUCUCAGGGUUUGUUUCCUUGGUUCGUUGAAAGUAAAGUUGGAUUUUAGUAUUUAUGUAUAACGCUCAACUGUAAGUGUAAGCUAAGUGUGCCAAUACUGCUUCAGGUUUUUAACAAUAACCUAUAAUUUUAAGUCAAGCAUUUAAAGACAGAUUUAGAAUGUUUAAAGCUGUAGACAGUUGUAAAUAAUGUAUACAGAUUGUAUUUGAUGGCUUAAAAUAUUUCAAAUCCUUUUUUUUUCUUAAGUAAAAACUGAGUUCUGUUUUUAUUACAAAUAAAUAUCUUGUUUGACCACAAA